AUGACAUUGCCUCGCCCUAUUACUGCCGAAUCCGAGACUCUCAACCCAAGCACGCCGCCUCCAUCUCUCGUAACGACCUACUCCCGCGAAUCUCUUCUAUCCCUGCGCACCCCCGACCAGCCCCCACCCAACCCUAUCCGACUCCAGUCCUUCUCCAUCCUUCGCUCCAACUCGAUGAGCGACGACGACUGGGGCAUCGACGAAAGUCUGUCCAAAGUCCUCGGCGGGCGUAAUGGCAGCGAAGACUGGUCUUUCGCUCGUAUGAAUGCUGAAGCAGGCGUCAAGAUGGCUGCGGGUAGGCCGGUGUCUAUCAGGAAGGACAGCGGGUCGUCCAGCGGAUCAGACGGGGACGAGGUGUUGUUCCACUUUACCUCUGCGACCCCAUCCCACAUGGCGCCGCCCAAGAUCCUCACGGAUUUCACCAACCCCUUUGCGCAAACAGUCAAGCCCGAGGCUACCAAGGCGCAGAACCUUGGCGUUGGCGUUGGUUUACCUAUCCGCCUCGGCCCUCGAAAGUCCUCCACCAAUGCUCUCGACGUCUUUCAGACUUUCCCUUCCAGCGUCAAUUCUGCUUCAUCUUCUCUUCAUCUUGGACCCGCCCAGAUGGGCAGCCUGGGUAAAGACUUUGGAAGGAUGAGGCUGGGAAGAAGAGACAGUGCCGAGAGUGUUGGGAGUGUCGGUAGCGCUACGAGCGGGACCAGCCGAGUCAGCAUGGGCGGGCUCAACCCCUUUGCAGCACCUUUCCCACUCCCUCCUACAGCUGUCCCCAACGCGCCCAACUCCUCAUCACCCUCUUCUUCGAGCACCUCCCCAUCCAUCCCCGCACCCACCGCAUCCCUCCCGCUCCCCAACCCUCCCACGUCCCUCCCCGCGCGCCCUCCCGGACCUUUACCUCCAGUAUUCAUCAAGCGCGAGUCGGCAGCGCUGCCACAACCCAUGUCUUUGCCUGAUAUCGCGCCGUUGGGUAAAGACUGGGAAGGCGAGAAUAGUUUGAGCGGGAAUGAGAAGCGGAGGAUGAGUGGAGUGUUAGGUAUGAUGCCGAGUGCCAUGGGCGGUGGGAGUUUGGGUGGGAGCUCGGCAACGUCUAGGACGGGUAGUGUGAGCUCUGCGGCUUCUUCGACUCAAGGGCAGGAUCAGAAGAUCAUCAUGGGUUCUUCGUACUCACAAAGGCCACCACACCUUGCCAAGCUCGGAGAACGCCUUCGGGAGAGUGUCUCGCAUACCAAGCAGGAGCGUGUGGCGUCUGUUAGGGCUUGA